AAAUAAUUUAUAAAUAAACUUCCAAAUAAUAAAAAAACAUCACUUGGCUCUGUAAUUUGUUAUUAAAUUUAUAAUUGUUAGAAGUAACUUUCUUCAAACAAGUUCAAAGUACAAUCAAGUAUUCAAACGCAAUGGAACAAUCUACUAUAGAAACAGACCCAAACGAGAAAACCUCCUAUGACCUGUAUUUGCAAGAAAUAGAAGGCAUAGAUGAUUAUUGGGGUCCCACUUUUAGAACAAUCUUUGAUAAUCAUGAACAUCUAGACUUCAAAAGAAAACUAGAAGAAAGAAUCAAACAUCAUGACAAAGACAUAGAACGACUUUGCAACGUUUAUUAUCAAGGAUUUAUCGAAUCUGUCACUGAAUUAUUAGAAGUUAGGUCCCAAUCAAAAAAUUUAAAUAAACAAGUUGUCAGCGUCGACAAGCAACUCCAAAAAUCCUUCCAAUCCCUCUCAAAAUCAGGCUCAGAGCUGUUACAAUCUAGAAAAGUCCAAAGCAACAUUGCGGUUGUAAUCGCCCAGAUGAAUCUAUGUUUACCAGUAUUUGUUUCUUAUUCAAAAUUGCAAAAGCAAAUUUCAGAAAAAAGAUAUUAUCCAGCUCUGAAAACGCUAGAAGAACUAGAACACAUCCACUUACCUCACGUAGCCAAUUAUCGUUUCUCUAACCAACUACGUCAAAAAAUCCCAAAAUACCGUGACAAAAUCGAAGCGGCCUCAAUGAUGGACCUAAAAGACUUUCUAGAAAAUAUCCGUAAAUUUUCACCAAAAAUUGGAGAAGUGGCAAUGAGACACACUAGUGAACAACUAGCAAGUGAUCCAACAGUUGUAGGAAGAAAAAAGAAGAGGAAUUUCCUGAACUCGGAACCCAGAAGUAAUUAUUCGGAAGAGGAUUUGAGUGCUCAGGAGCUUAUAGAUUUUUCGCCUAUAUACAGAGGCAUGCAUAUUGCGGAAGUUUUAGGAAAAGUAACGACAUUUGAAGUAUAUUACCGUUCAGAACGAACCAAACAAGCCAGGCUUGUGCUGCAACCACCCACAAACAUGCACGAAUCUGAAGAAAGCUAUCGCAACUAUAUUUACGCAGUAUUAGGCUUCUUUAUAUUAGAAGAUCAUGUUUUAAAUACAGGCAGAGGCUUGAUUACAAAAGUUUUUCUUGAAGAAAUGUGGUCUGUAGCUUUGUCUAAAAUCACAACAGCCUUACAAACUCAUUCUGCUUAUUGUACUGAUGCUACUUUAGUCCUAAAAAUCAAAGAUCUUAUAAUGCUAUUUUGUACAACUUUGAGGAAUUAUGGCUAUAGUGUUAAGCCUCUAUGGGAGUUGGUUAGAGAGUUACGAGAUCAUUAUACUGAAGUUUUAAUGCAACGUUGGGUACAAGUUUUUAGAGAGAUAUUGUCCAAAGAAGAUUUUCAGCCUAUAGUUGUUCACGGCGAAGAUGAAUAUGAGCAAAUUUUGCAAUCUUUUCCUUGGGACGUUGACUUGCCUGAUGAUAUUCAAUUCCCUUAUAGCUUCCCAUUUUCCAGUAUGGUGCCAAAAGUUUAUCAGCAAGUUAAAGAGUUUAUUUACGCUUGUUUGAAGUUUUCUGAAGACUUAAACCUAAGUCAAGUGGAAGUCGAUGAAAUGAUAAGGAAAUCAAUGAAUUUGCUUUUGACUAGGACAUUCAGCGGAUGUCUUUCGUCCUCAUUUAGAAGCCCUCACAUAAAUUUGCAAAAAAUUACCCAAAUUAUCAUAGACACUGGCUAUUUGGAAGAUGCAAACAUUUAUCUGGAUCAGUUUAUAUCGAACGUAACUGGCGAAGAAACCAGGAAUAUUACAUCUGAACAUGCGAUGUUUCGUGUGGCAAGGGAGGACGCUGUCAGGCAAAUUUGCGAAAAACUCAAGCAGAAACUCAACGAGUUUCUCGAGCUGGAAAGCUACGAUUGGAAUUUGGUCGAACCCAAAGGGCACGCUUCCAGUUUUAUUUCCGAUAUUAUUGCGUUUUUGCAGACGACGUUUCAUAGUUUUACAGAUUUGCCACCUGAAGUAGCUCAAGUAGCUUGCAGAGCAGCAUGCGAUCACAUAGCAAAUUCGAUGUUCACCAUACUAUUAAGUGAAGAUAUCAAACAAAUAUCAAUGGGAGCUUUGAAUCAACUAAAUUUGGAUUUAUUACAAUGUGAAUUAUUUGCCGCUUCUGAGCCUGUGAAAGGCCUCCAACAAGACGAACUAUUGAAAUAUUUUGUCAAGUUACGAGAAAUUUUGGAUUUACUUAUUUCGUGGGAUUGGCCCACAUAUUUCCACGAUUACGCUCAAGAUAAUAGUCGGUAUAAAAAUGUUAGACCUGAAAUUGCCAUUAUACUACUUGAGAAGUUGAAGGAAGGAGACAAGAAGAACAUCUUUACAGUGUUGAAUAAGAAUGAGAGAGACAAGAAAAAGUUACUUGAAACUGUGCUUAAGCAACUGAAACAGUUAUCUGCAAAGUAAGAUAAAAUAUGUUGGUUAAGGUAACUGAAGUUAUGUGUAUUUAUUUAUAUCAAAUGGGAUAUGACAUUCAAACCUCCCCUCCCAUAGACCUCACUUAUUCUGAAAACAUAAUCCUCAUCAAUCCAUAACCCAUGUAUAAUUUACAUUUAAGAAAUAUAAAAUGUUAUUGCUAAUUAUGUAUAGUUUAUUUAAUUAUUAUUUAUCUAUGUAUUAUAGAACCCGUUAACUAAAUAAAACACUUGUACGUAAAAGCAAAUCUUGGAUUUUAUUCAUGUAAAUUCAAGAGCCAACUAGGUCCAUAAGUACAUUAAUUUAUAACAUUUAACAAAACGGAAACAUUUACAUUUUUUUUUUUAAAUAUAUAAACUGUUUAUUAUAUAAAACUACUAAUGUGUUCAUAUAUUUGACAUUAUUUUUCUAAAAUAAUUCAUAUAUACAAAAGGAAACACAGAUAGAUAAUAAGAAUAGAACCUAAAUAAUAUCACGAAAAAAAAAACAAAUACUAUACAGUCUUUAUAAAAUACAAAGCGAUUUUUAAAUUAACAAGAUAUUUGGGGUAAGUUGCUUCUUCUAUAAACUUGCGCAUAGUCAAGACACUUGAACCAACUCCAAAAUCUUGUUUCAUUAAAAAUCUCACUUCGAAGCUACAUUACACAUUUAUGAAGACUAGAAUAAAUGGGAUUUUAAUGCACGAAAAUAAAUAAAAUGAAAGCGAGCAUGAAACCUGUGAUAUACUUUCAGACUGGAUAAAUGAUAAAUAAAUACCUACAAUGAAAUAAAACGAUUUUUGAAUGUAAAAAUUAAAAUUGCACUCAAUUUGAAAUGUAAUACCUAACUAAAAUGAAGUUGGUCCGAAUGAAAAAAAUGACGUGAGGUGAUUUUUGUUAGAAUUAGAGUGAUUCUGUAUAAUUUAAGAUCUUUUUCUCACAAAUUUUAUAUUUUUGUCUAUUUUCAAUUUUCAGUAAAGUUGGAAGGAAUUUUAAUCUUGACAAUCAAUGCCUUAACUAAAAAACAUUCUACAAAAAUAUAUAAAUCAAUCUCUUCAACGCCACGUCAUUUUUUUUUCUGGAACCAAUUAAUAGUAACCAAUAGCAUUUCAUAAAACUAACCUUAAAAAUUACUAAUCUAAUAGUUUAAUAAUAAUAAUAAUGGUUUAAAGCCACAUAAAAGAACAAAUAUUUGUUUUGUUUGGUUCAGUGUUAUUUAGCCACCUAAGACGGAAUACCUUGUUCCAGAGCACAAGCCCCGCUGCCAUCUUUAUUCUCAAAAGUGUCUCUUCUUAUCAGCUUUGGAGGCUCGGGUUCCUUUUCACUUUGAAUCCAAACUCUUUUGUCUAAAAAAAAAAAAUAUGAAAUUUUCCACACAAAAAAAAAGACAAUAUUAUUACCUGGUUUAGGUGGUUGUUUGGAUUUGCUCUCUUCGACUUUUUUCCAUAAACUGGCAAUUUUACUGGUUACUUGUUUUUUGGCACUACCAUUUGAGGAAACGCUAACGUUACUGUGGGACCUUUGAGCUGGGCUCGGGAUGCCCGAUUUUUUUAAAGCACCGUUUGGUAUUUUCGAUUCGUUUUUUAAGCUUUGGGUGGAAGAAGACGGUUGUAUUUUCUUGCUGGAUGGCUCUCUACUGUCAGCACUUGUAGAUCUACAAACCAGAUUCAAACAUUGCAAAAGGUUUGUUAUAAUAAAACAUUACCUGUUGUAUAUUCUGGAAAUUUUACUAGUUCUAUCUGCACUUGAAGAUUUGGAUGGCAACUUGCUGGGUGUUGCGUUGUUGUUUGUAGGAAUUUUGCUUGUAACUGCUCGGGCGAUUUGUCUGGCAAAAGACGGAAUUUUGGACGAUGGAGUUGGCAAUCUAAAACAACAAAUACUUAUAUCAUUGUUGUCAACAAAAAAUCCAAAAAGUAAGAUCUUACCUUGUUGUUGUUGUUGUUUUAGAAAUGGCAUUAGCUGGACAAUCGUCCUUGGUAAAUGUGCCUUGCCUUUCCAAUGGCGGACUACUUUUGGCUGUAUGUUUUGGACUUCUAUUCGGGGUAACACUAUUAUUAUUACUUCUAUUAAAACCAUAGCCGCUAGAUUUGACAGCUGGCUUUGUUAUGGACGUACAUUUAUCACGAGCAUUCAAUGCUGCGCCUGAUUUUAAACUAGAAGUGAUAUUUUUGACCAAAUUUGAAGCCAUAUUUUUGGCCGGUUUGAUCGUUUUCGGAGACACUUUAUUAUUCAAGUUUGAUUUUGAAUACAAAGGUUUCCGUCUGCCUCGAAUGCCUUUUGGUUCCUCUACAAUUUCAACAUUUUCAAUUACCUCUAAGCUAGAUGGCUUAACAAUUUUGGGCUUUGCCAAAAGUUUUUCAUUCAAAUUUUCUUCAUCAGAGUUUGAUUCAGAAUCAGGAAUUUGAGUUUUUUCCUCAACAGCACAAUGCCCAUUUGGUUCAACGGAAAUCACAGGCAAGUCUUGUGUUUUUUUCGAACUCCAACUCCUUUGAUAUGUUCUGUAGUUCAUUGAAUUACCAGAAUUGUGUUCGGAGUCUUCGUCAUUAGACACUAGACUCAAAGUCUCAAAAUCUAAUAAAUCAUCAUGGAAUAGCUUACUGUCUCGUAUUGUUUUUAGUACUAAAUUGGCUUCUUUUUCCACUAAGGAGUGAAUAUCACUAUUUUCACAGGGAGGAGAAGCUGACGCCGGUUCUGGAGAUCCAAAACUGCUCUCGCUUAAUGUUCGUGUCCUAAACCU